CUGGAGAAGGCAGAAGAAGGUCUUUCUAAAAUGGUCCUAGAUCAAGCCUGCUUUAAGGUAGAACAAGCAAAAACCCAAUUGGAUUCCACCAGAGAGGAGUACCAGAAACUGUCUGAGACCAAGGAGAAGGUGACUAAAGAUCUCGAUGAGAUCCUGGUCACCAUGAUGAGGUGUCAAGUGAAGGAGAUAGACUAUGACACAACCCUCAAGCUGCUGGUGAUUGGCCUGGAUGCAUUGAGCCAGGUCAAAGAGCAAUGGGCUAAGAUGAGCAACUUCUUCCAAAUGAUGUCUAAUCUGAUUCAGGUCUCUCUCAACGACACUGUCACACAGUUCACCAGUGAUAGUGAGGCUUACGAGCCAUUCCCAGGAUAUUCCGAAGAUGCUUUCAUCAAGGACAUGAUCUACACAGAAGCCUUUCAGGCUUGCAACAUUGCCAAUCUCUGCCACAUGAUCUCAGGGACUUAUGUUGAGAUCUCUCAGAAGCAUCUAAGGGACCAAAUCUCUAGUUUAGAGACCAACAUCAAUAUGAGCCCUGAUGAUCCAAUGUUUAAUGUGAAACGCAAACAACUGCAGGAAGGCUACACUGCCACAAAGGAAGCAGUCAACCAACUGGUCAUGAAGAACAAACGGGAAUUUGAGAUUCAAAUACAACAGAGGAUUGACAGCAUCAACUCCACAUUUAAAGAUGUCCUACCCCUCACAGAGAGACAAUAGGGCACAAUAUACAGAGCAAUCUGAAGGAAGAUCCUGAGGUCUCGCUACCUGACUGAAGGUUACAGACAGCAUGUGAAUGUGCAGCUAUUGUAUGAAAAUAAUGCCUUAAAUCUUUCCUGAUCUCCAUUGCCAGAAAGGUUCUGCUGAAGUCUUAGUUCUGUUCAGAAUACAUCCUGUGACCCAUUCACUCUCCCACUAGCUGACUGACCUGCAGGUCCAUGGUGGGGAUGUGUUGGUUGGGGGUCCUGACCAGGAGAGCUUUUUCCCAGGAUUCACCAUUCUGGAUUGACCUGUCUCUAUCUCCCAGGAAGAAUCAGGGUUCCCUAUGCAGAGGAGGCCCCAGUUCCCAGCAUAUAUCCACAAUUCAAGUGAUUCUUCUCCUCCAUGUCUUCAUUUUCUGAUAGAAAAUCUCAGUAUUUACCUAAACAGGAAGGCUUGCUCUUUGAUAGUGCAUUCAGAGAUUCAGCCAAUCAUGCUCAGUCGGUGGGGCUGCCAAAUGCUCCGGACAGCAAUUCUUCAAGUUCCCCUUGAAACCACACAUGGUCCAGACUCAGGUGUGCACCAUCUUUCAUUCAUCUUCACAUAGCAGAAUCAUAAACCUGCUGAAAAUGAAGGACAAACUUUCAUUUAUAUAGCACUUAUCAUCACCAUGGUCCACCCAUCCCAGAGUGCUUCCCAGUUGCUGUACUGUUUGCAAAGGAAAAUCCGCAACUUAUUUGUCCACAGGCAGCUUGAUCACCUGUUCUGGUGAUGUUUAUUGAGGGAUAAAUGUUGGCCAGGAAAUUGGACAGUACUCCUUGUUCUCCUUCAUAACCACUCCAUGGGAUCCCCUCUGUUCAUCGGAGAGGCAGGGUAUUGACCAUCUGUCGGGGGUUGAGGACACAUCUUCAUCACACGCAAUGGUUCAUCACCAUCUUCUCCAGACUAACUGCUGCAGAGAAAUAAACGCCAGCAGCACCCACCUCUCAGACAGCGAAUGAAAUUGAAACAUUGAUCAUCCUGGAAGUCAGAUAGUAAACUCGGAGGACGCUGGGAAAGUCAGGACUUAGGAGGCAGAGGCAAACUCCAGAGGCAGCCAGGAACAGUAUCUACGAUAAAUAUUGACCAUACCGUUAAUAUCCAUACAACAAGCCCGAAUUUGGUCAGGUCAUCAAGCUGUGCUUCAGGAGGUCAAAUGGUGGUGAAUGUUCAUGGUCAGCGAGAGGCAAGUAUUCAAUAGGCUGCCUGGCCCCUGCUGACUCUUCUCCUCAGAGACUUUAUUCAGACCGGAUCUUCU